AAAACAACGUGAUUCGUCUGCAGUCGCCUCUACAUACACAGGAACCUCAAAGCAAGAUCUGGCGUCGUAACUUCAUUGCUUCAUUUGACUCUUGUCACCAAAGUCCAGCAACUAGCUCCAGCCACGCCAUGACGACCGAAACCUCGACAACCAUCAAGGUCCGACAGUAUCGCCCAGAAGAUCAUGCUCAAGUCACCAAAAUCUACGUGGAGGGUUUGAUGGCGGCUGAUCCUAAUCCAGAGUAUCGCUAUCUAUGGGAGGAGCUCCUUCGCAAGGACCUGACGAAUGAUCUAGCGGACAUUGAAGGAAGUCACAUGGCUUCGGGUGGAAACUUCUUGGUUGCGGUGGCGACAAAGGCUGGAAUCAGCAAGGUCGUGGGUAUUAUCGGCCUGUUGCGAGUAUCGGAGAAAGAAGGACAAAUUCGACGCGUGUUUGUGGAUCCGAAUUACCAGCGCAUGAGUGUCGGCCGAAAAAUGAUCUCAGAACUUGAGAUCUGGGCCAAGCAGAACGGGGUUAAGAGUGUAUUUCUGACGACGAACGCAAACAACGAGAAGCCGCAAGCAUUUUACACGGCACUCGACUACACCAAGGUGGAUGAAGAACAGUACGACUGGAAAGACCCUCUCUACUUCCGCGUCUUCAAAUUUGUCAAGCAGUUGUAGUUUCGCUUUCAUUUUUCCGAAGAUACAACAACAACCAGCUUUUUUUUUUUUUAUAAGUACGUAGAACGGUUUUGUAAUACAUUUCCAUGCAAAUAGU